AUGAUCGGUACGUGGACUAACAGAGGGUCAUCAUGGACUGGAAGUAUUCCUUACAAUGAUGCUCAAUGGCAUUAUGGACCAGCAAGACUUUGGACCACGCCUGUGAAUUCUGAUCAGUAUGGUAACGACCUCUUAGCACCCACCACGAAAAGCCAGUCUUUCCAUCUACGAUAUCCCAAGAAAUUGCUGAAAUUGUACCUUUCUGUAUCAUUGUAAAUAAUAGCAACAUUUCUCGGAGGCAUUAAAAGGAAAAAAGUUUUGAGCGCUCAAUAUUACUAAGAUCUAAUUCAAAGACUAGAAACAGUUUUAGUUGAGAGUGAUAUUCCAUUCCAACACUAAUGUUGGGCGACAUUUUUUGUUUGCCUGGAGCUUUUUACAGCUUCCUAGCAGUGAUAAAUUGACAGGCGUCACGUCUCUUUUCAUUCAAAAACUUUGACAUGCUACGCGUCACUCAACUUUUUGGUAAAAAGUAAAUUGCAAGUCUCGCACCCCUUUUUUUCAGAAAUCAUCAGCAGAGUGCAAGUAUUAAGCGCUAAAGCGUGUGGACAUAUUUUCAAGUACAAGUCAGGAGCCGUCCUAACUAGGAGGUAAGUACUUCCGAUAAAUUAAGAUCUAGAUAAGCCAGUUAUCAUUACUAUAGUGGUCAUCGUCAUCGUCAUCGUCAUCGUCAUCGUCAUCGUCGUCAUCGUAAUCAUCACUAUCUUCCUCAUUUACUAUGAUUACUGUCGUUAACAGAGCAUGAAAAGUUUCUUUUCUUAAAAAAAGAGUCCUUGUUUCCUUUUAAAUGCUCUGGAAGAUGGCUUUAUCUUUAAUCGACAGAAACCCGCUUGAUCGGUUAAAUGGAAAUUAAGAGUGGCUAACAUUUUGUUCUUAUUAUUAUCAUAAUCAUUAUCGUUAUCAUUAUUUUUGUUCUUCUUCUUCUUCUUCUUCUUCUUCUUCUUCUUCUUAUUAUUAUUAUUAUUAUUAUUAUUACAAACCAAUCACUACAUAAUACAGGAAAUGUUACUGUGUAUCGGGUCACAGCCUAUGACCUAGGAUACUCCGUACCAUCAUUCCGUCCUUAAAAUCAUUAAGUGUUCAGCACUUUUCGCAGAAUCCUUCCUGAUCACAACUUCGUCUCCAGCAAAGCCAGGGAAAAGCGCCUUGGGAACGAGGUUGUCCUGAUAACAGGGAGGUUAUUCGUUGUAAAUGUUCCACGCAAUAUGGCAAAGUCAUUUCAAAUCAUUUCGAAACUUUUCCCACUGCACCAAUUACUAUUGGAAUGACUUGAACUGAACAACAGUUCCAAAUUCGUUUGAUCUCUUAUUUCAGGUCACAUUAUUAUUAUUAUUAUUAUCAUUAUUAUUAUUAUUAUUAUUAUCAUCAUCAUUAUUAUUACCUCUUUUAUCACAGUCUUUGCUGGUGUUCCUUUUGUGCAUCAGCCGGGCGCAAACUAUGCACCUAGAGCGUCAGUCACUCAAGUCAAUCAUUCUGUUCAUACACUGAGCACCUUUCUGAGGAUUCGCGCAGAUCCCAGCAUGCAGAUCUUUUGAAUCUAUGUCAUAGUAGCUCUCUCUGAUACUUUCUUGAUGUUUUCUACCAUACCCUUUUUCACUGUACCAAGCGCACCAACAACCACAGGGAUCACUACGGUUUUCAUAUGCCACAUUCUCUGUAUUUCUAGUUCUAGGUCUUUGUACUUGCUUUUUUUUUUCAGUUUCCUUCAGUGCGAUGUUUCUUUCUGAUGGAACAGUCAUAUCAAUCAGCUUGCAGGUGGAAUUCACUGAAUCUUUAACGAUGAUGUCUGGCCUGUUCGCUGUUAUAGUUCUAUUAGUAUUGACUGGGAUGUCCCACACGAUGGUGAUGUUGUUAUCUUUAUUGUGCAUCACGGUCUCUGGUUCUUGUUCGUACCAUUUGUCUGUAAUCUCUAUAUCAUGAUCUUUAGAGAUGCUUAUUAUUAUUAUUAUUAUUAUUAUUACUAUUAUUAUUGUUAUUAUCAUUAUUAUUGUUAUAAUAUAGGAUAUACUAGAGUAAUUGCGAUUGAUUUUCUCUCUCAACAUCCGAGUCCAAACCAUGGACUUCGGGAGAGAAAGAGGGUUCCCACUUGAUGGAAAGGAGAGUUAUUUUCUGGAGUUCAUGUAUGUUGAUGUUGCCAGGGAUUUUGUUGGAGUAGUUUUCCAUGUCCUUCUUGAUAGUGCAAAGGGCUCCCACACAUAAACACCGGGACUGUAUGAGCUCCCACAUUCGCUCAACCUCGAUUUCCAAGUCUUUGUAUUUGGUAAGCUUUUCCGUGGUUUUAACUGAGGUGUUGGUAUCGAGGAGUAUAGUCAUGUCAAUGAGAAGGCAGGUUUUAUCCUUCUUGUUCUUUAGCACAAUGUCCGGCAUAUUAGCUGCUAUGGUCCUGUCAGUGUGGAAGGGCAUGUCCCAGAGAAUAGUGACGUUCUCAUUCUCGGUGACAGUCUUGGGUUCAUGCUCAUACCAUCGUUCCUUCACCUCAAUGCCAAACUCUUUGCAGAUCUUCCAGUGUAGUGUGCAGCUGCCUUGUUGUGGCCACUGGAUGUUUUCAGUUUUAGCCAGUUCAGGGCCGCCAGAGACCAGGUGGUCAAUGGUCUCAUCGAAACGGCCACACAGUCUACAUUUUGGGUCCACGUCAGGCUUCUUGAGGAUGUUGUGUUGGUACCAACGUGUUGGGAGGAGUUGAUCUUGGGCUGCGAUGAUAAAUCCCUCAGUUUCUGCCUUGAGGCCAGCUCCUUUUAGCCAUCUGUGGCUCUUGUCUUGGUCCACGUUAGCCUGUUUCAUCCGUUGUGGGUAUUUGCCGUGGAGUGCUUUUGAUUCCCACAUGGACCUGAGCUAUUGGCGACCCUGGUGUUUGGUCUUGGCCUUUGUUCUGCGGGCAUACGUGGUGUUCGCCUUAUCCUCUGCAGGUGGUAUUGCAGGCACUCCCAGUUCCCGACUGAACUUCAUGAGAUUGUCUGCUGAUGGAGUACAAGGAUUUCCUGUCGUCAUGGUCUUUGACAAAGUGUGGGAGGGUGCCUGCGUCUCCUGGAUGUCUUUAUCAAGACCAAUAGUGGCUGACUUGUAGGAAAGCUCUAGUUGUAUGAGCCCUUUACGUCCUUCAGUUCUGGACAGGUACAGCCUGUCCUCGUCAAAUUUAGGGUGGUGCAUCUUGUACAUGGUCAAGAACUUCCUAAUCUUUGUAUCAAGUUUGGCCAGCCAGCUUAUUAGUACUAUAAUAAUAAUAAUAAUAAUAAUAAUAAUUAUUAUUAUUAUUAUUAUUAUUAUUAUUAUUGUUAUUAUUAUUAUUAUUAAUUAUUAUUAUUAUUAUUAUUAUUAUUAUUAUUAUUAUUAUUAUUAUUAUUGUUAUUAUUAUUAUUAUUACAUUUUUUUUUGUUUAGUUUAGUAACAAAAGCCUGGGGAUAUUUUCUUUGGGGUGGCAACAUGUACAUAACGAGCUCUGGACCAGAAAGUAGCCCCAGAAUUAGCUUUUCAGAAAACUCUGGUUCAUGGUAUAACCUCAAGUCCAAGGUCAGUGGUACCCGGGUAAAAAUAUACGUCAACGACAAAUUAGUCAAGGAAAUCACGAUGUCAGGGAAUGGUGCAGACUCCAAGAACAACAAUUACGUGGGACUGUGGUGCCAUAACAAAAUUCCUGCAAAGGGUGACAGUUUUAAAGGUAAAAAAACGGGACGGAAGUAGUUUUUCUUUAAUAAUUGCUUCUCCCGGUUAACUUUCUACUUAUUGCAGUGAAGAUGAAUUUUAACAUUUUUAAGGAAAAAAUGUAGUAGUAUUUGCGUAGAAUAGGUAUUGAAAUACAGUAACACACUACAUUGUCAAAAUAAUUAGACACAGCGUUGCUCCGUACGACUCACACUAUUAACAGGCGAAAUUGUUAAUUUAAAUUAACAUUUCUGCUACGUUUGCCUAUGAGUAAACACUGCAAUGCCUUGCACUGUACUAGAACCUGAAUCUUCUGUUUUAGUUUCCCUACAAAAAUGUCCCGCCCUUACUGUCAGUCGACUCGUCAAAGCAUCACCAAGCAACUGUGUUACGUCACAGAUGGAAAUUAAUACAACAUGCUCGUUCUCAUGCCCACAUGGCUACCAACUAAAAGGUCCGUCUUACAAGAAGUGCGAGUCAAGUGGUCAGUGGACGGAUAAUACUACGAAUGUUUCUUGCUCAGGUGGAUUUGUCAUUAAACAAACUGAAUGAUUGAUUGGUCCUAAAAACGGAUACUUUGUUUCCAGAGAGUUUAACCAGAGUGUUGUUUUUGUUUUUGUUUAGACGUUGACGAGUGUGUGAAGUCUAACGGUGGCUGCAGUCACAAGUGUGUUAAUUCUAUGGGAAAAUACAACUGUGAAUGUCCAGACCCAGAGCUGCAGUUAUCACCUGAUAAUAAAACUUGUUAUGGUAAUACUUAUUGUUUAAUUAUAAUUAUUAUAGUACGGUUGAUAUGAUAUUAUUGGGAAAGGAACUUGAACUUCUUCGAGCGGUAUACCAGGGGUCAGCGUCUUUGGAAAAUUUGCUGGGUUUCCGUCAUUCAAAUUUUCAUGUCAUUUUCAUGUUUUUCUUGUCUGUCGCAGACACUUUAAGCCGCUGAAGGCGGGCCGUAUCCAACGCAGGCUAAAAAAAUUUUAUUGACAAUACUUGCAAAAUAAACCUUCGAGCAUUUUCGAAGUCGUCGGACUGGCUCAUAGACACAUACGGUCGUGAGUUUCGUAUAGCCGCCGUGCACUGUAGUCAUUAGUGUCUAGUCUGUGGUGAAAAUAACGUUGUAUACAUUCCCUCUCGUUUUGUUAAAAACCAUAAUCACUUUUCAGAUGUUGUUUAAAUUAGCCCGCCUAAGCGCUAAGAUGCCGGAAUUUUGAGUACACAGGAUUAUUUGGUUGAUUAUCGUAUCGCUUUUCCCUGCGAAAAGCACUGUUUGUCUUAAUCUCAAGAUUGAAAUUGUUUUGAUGACCAUGAUUACAACAAAGAGGAAAUUGCUAACUCAUGACGGUUUCAUGCAAAGAACGCUAAGAUCCUUACUCUGUCACUUUUAUUUCACCAUAUCGACCGAUUAUUAACUGAGUGCUCGAGUUUCGUAACUCUAGGGAUUUUAGCGAAAGUUCCAGUUGGUUUUAAAAUUUUUCUCCACCUUUUACAGUUUUAGUUCUGAACCUAAAGGUAUAACGCUUCAUACUGUAUCAGAAUUUUAGAGAGGACGAACAGUGAUACCUUCUCCUUGGUUGAUUCGUUCGUCUAUAGAUCCAUUCUGAUCAAACAGCCCACCGGAAAACUCAGUGCCAGUUUUUUGUUUGUUUGUUUGUUUUUGUUUUCGUUGUUGUUGUUGUUUUUUUUUUUUUACUGAAUUACAUUACAAAGUUCUAUUUGGUACUUUAGCAUCAGGUGUUAACGUGCUGUGUAACAGUGAAAACAUGACCAUUAUCGUCCCCAAGUCCCUUCUCCUUGGUAUGGACCGUGACCAUCUUCGACUCUUGGACACCAGUUGCAAAGCUACACAGACAAGCACCCACUUCUCACUCACAACACCGCUGACUGGCUGUAAUACAACAAGCUGGCACACCUCCUCUGCCAUCGUCUAUUCCAACGCAGUGCUGGAAAUUCCUGUGGCAGUAAAAGAUGUGGUGACACGUGUUCGUGAAAUAGAAAUAAAAUUUAGCUGUUUUUAUUCAAAAUAUGGUGUGGUGUCAUCGAUUGGAUGGAAGCCAAGGAACAGAAAGCUCGUGUUCAACGAUGAAGGAAAAGGAAACUUCACUCUCUCUUUGAAUAUGUUUCCUGACAAAAGGUUCGUGAGUCCCUAA